UGUGAGUUCUGUAUCAACCUUACAAUUAUCGUCUGGCAAGCAUUCUCCGAGCAUUUCUGUAGCAGAAGACCUCGGCGAUCUACCUGUCAACAAACGAUCAAGAAACAGACGACAAACGCUUCUGUAUGAAAUUGAACUUCUCUUGGUCGUCGAUUACUCUGUAUACGUCAAAUUUUCGACAUUAUACGACACAAACAGAACAGCCAAUGAAAGCGAUGAUUCAAUAAGUCACCGAAUGAAACACCAUUUUGUCAUGAUGCUUGAUGGUGUACAAGUCCGUUUCGACGCCAUGCACGGCUUAGAUUAUGCGAUCAAUAUUCUGCUGGUGGAUACACUUAUUGCGAAGAAUGAAAAUGAAUCCACUUGGUCUGAAGAUGAUAAAAGACCGGGAAUAUCAGACCAUAUUGUGACCGAAAAGUCUUUAAAGCUGUUUGGAAACUGGCUGCAUGGCAACCGGGACACGUUGCUUCGAUUUGAUCAUGCAAUGGCAAUAACCGCGUACAACCUUCAAAACAGUGAUAACGUUAAGACACUGGGUCUCGGAUACACACAGAGCAUGUGCACGGACAGAAGUAUCUCCAUUGUUGAGUACCAUGAGAAUAUCGCCUUCACCAGUUACAUUGUCGCCCAUGAAUUGGCACACAGUUUGGGAGCCAAGCAUGACGGGUACCCGGCCAGAGUGCGAUAUGGAGAUCGUCACGUGACAUGCGAGAUAGGGCAGGGUUUUAUCAUGGACGCUAAAACAUCGAAAUCACCUGAAUCAAACAAGAAUUACUGGCAGUUUUCAUUGUGCAGUAUUUUGUAUUUCGAGUUUUAUAUUGAUCACUUGAAUGCCAACGGUACCAACUGUCUGUCCGAUUUGACCGGACGAUACAACAUUGCAGACUACAUUGACGCAUCAACUAGAGUUCUCACUCCCGAUGAACAGUGCUCGUUCGAACACGGCAAUGGCUCGUACAUGAUCAGAACCAAGGAUUAUAUUACACUGUGUGCCAGCAUCCAGUGUUCGGAUCCACAAACACCAGGGACGGUUAUACCGACACUGUCCAUGCAUGGAACCGCUUGUGGAUACCACAAGACAUGCCGCCUAGGGUCCUGUGUCAGCAUCGAGAAAGAAAUAAACACGGACCAAAGUAAGGUGGCGGACAUGCAAACAUGUCCGUUUGGUGACCAGCCUGGUGCAGUUGGUUCUACAGGGCUGGCGUGCCCGAGUCUUAUUAAAAGCCCACACGACGCAUAUCUGUGCUAUCAGUACGAGACAGAGUGCUGCAAGACGUGCAGAAAAUACGAUAGAAAUAAGUCGUUGUUUGGUAGCUGUCAAUAUGGCGACCGACUUUUAGGUUGUGAGUGGCGGGGUUGCCAUGGUGAUGAUUGCUGCGAUACCUGUGGGCUGUUGAACAUGACUUUCAUAGUGUGUCAACCUUUGCCAGACCUCGAGAACGGACACUCUAUCGCCAACACCAUAACGCCUCAUUAUGGAACAACGUUAACAUUCACUUGUAAUCAUGGCUACCAAAUGGUUGGAAAUAAAACAUCAACCUGCUUAAACAAUGGAGACUGGACUUUUUCAAUUCCAGUGUGUGUUCCUGGUUGUGUAUUUAGUAAAAGCAUACCGUAUUUGGAUCAAAGUCCUAAAACAGUAAAUGGUGUAUAUUCUAUCGGCGACGUCCUGUAUGUUUGGUGUACACAUGGACUAGUUCUAAAUACAUUUUCAAAAACAAACAUGGUGCAACUGGUGUGCAACGAAGAUGGAAUCUUCCAAGGCUUUACGCCCACUUGUGUUUUAGAGCUUCGUUAUAAUCAAACACAUACAGUCUUUGAAAAUAUAGCAAUGGGAACAACGAUUGGAAAAGUAAUAUCUGCGGCGUCAGUGAAUUAUCGGAGCCUGUACUUCAAUCAUCCCGGAGUGACCGUCACACAGUCCGGAGAUAUAGUCAUUGAAGAAGAGCUAGAUUACGAGAGUUUUAAGGUUAUACAUGUUAUAUUUGAAGCAUUUACGAUAACAAUCCCACGAGUAAGUCAACGCCAUUAUUUGACCGUGAAUAUAUCUGACGUCAACGAAUAUAGUCCACAGUUUAGCCAGGGCAACUACUGCGUCAAUUUACAAGAGUCCCCUUCGCCUGGUACACCGCUAAUAACCGUAAAUGCAAAGGAUAUGGAUAUUUUCAACACAAGAAUAACGUACAUGCUUUCCGGAAACGCAGACCAGAAAUCAUUUACGAUUGACGCCAUAUUAGGAGUCAUAUAUACAGCCAACAAUUCAUUGACGUUCCUCAACCUGACCAGGUAUGAGGUGUCAGUUUUGGCAGUUGAUUCAGGAGCGCCAUUGACAAAGACUGGUACCACAAGAGUGGAAAUAACUGUAGGUGGGUAUUGCAGCACAUCGUCUGGGGUACCUAAGACAAAGAGUGUGUUUGUACUUAUAUGUUCGUUUGUAUUUAUUUCUAAAAUGAAUAAAAUGUUACUCCGUUCUUGUUCAGUUGUUGUGUUUCUGUCAUGAAAUUCAGGUCAUGUGGUAUGUAGAAUUGCAUGAUACCAAUUGCCUUUAUUCACAAUGUUCAGAAUGUGUUUUAUGGUAAAUAACUUAUAAA